UUAACAAUUGGAGAAACAUGUUUCACUUUCAUAUGAUGUAGCACUUAGAUAUACUCGCAACUAGUUGCGGAUUCGCCUGUAUCUUAUAAUCGUUGAUUCAACAAAUCUUUCCGCUUCGGGAGCACUUUGUUUCCUAGAGGCCAAAAUAGGAAGUAAUGAUAGCGAUACAAAUUAAACACAACUGCAUAAAAGUAAAUCGUUAUCUUUUUUGAUGUUUAAAAGAAACAUGCGUUGUAAAAUAUAUAUAUAGUAAUGUCACGAUGCAUGAUUUUCUAGAUGAGUAAUUAGAUACGCUUUAUGACUUUCGUAUGUGAUGUAAAUUAAGUUUAAUUAAUCUUAAGUAUUUGUGUUUAUCUAAACACACAUUUACCAUAGUACAAACUGCUAAGGAUGCGACACGUCCUGUUAGAUUUAAUAUCGUUAAUGUAUUGUGUAUUAUUUGUUUAAAGAGUUUUAUUAAGGAAAUAUAUAGCGCAUUAUGUCAAAGAAUGUGUUACUACUUGGAAUUUUGACAACGGUGUUGGGUCAAGGUACAUUUUACGUGCCGUCGAAUAAAUCAUAUUGGGCCGAUUAUGGAAAGGAAUGUGUACCGGCAACACCAAAGGUCGACGCUGCUAUUAGCAAUUCCUCAAAUGUCUAUGAUGUUGAUAACCUUAUAAUAGAUCUUCCCGAUAAUGAAGACGUAUGGGUAGGAUAUUAUCAGGUAGUGAGAGUAUUUGAAUAUAUUGGAUGUGUCGAGCAUCGUUCCUUCUUUGCAAUUGACCCGCAGUUUAUCAAAAUAAAAGGCGAUCCAGGACAUUGCUUUCCCGGCUGCAGUGAAAGUACAAUCAUCGGCGUGACUAAAACUCGGUGUUACUGUCUUGGAGAUGUAUAUAACUUAACAAAACAUACACAAGCAUGGUGCACAGACAAAUGCAACAAUCCUGCUGUUGCAUGUGGUCAAGAUAGGGCACCAGUGAAAUACAGCUACAUAUCAAUAUACAAAAUCAAUCCACAUGUUACAGCCAGUUCUAUUCAACCCGUAAAGUUAACGUCUCCGGGGAACAGGGAUUGCCUACAUUUAGAUCCAAAUGUUCCAAAAACAUUCUACUGGGAUAUAUGUACGUUUUCUCGCAAAGCAAUGUGUUUCUAUGAUGGUCGCGUUGAGAACGUAAGAUGCAAAGGCACGUCAGAAUAUUGUUCGUGGAUAGAUGCCGCAAAUACUUGCUUUCACAAUGGACGUUUCCCAACAUUAUAUUCAAAUUCAAAGGAUGUUAUGAAAGGAACUAAAGCACAGUUAUGGACUGGACUUUUCAAAACAAAUGUAGUUUACAAAUACAAUGCAAAUAUUCCAGAGGAAAGGAGACACGAUAAAAAGCAACUCGGCUAUUUGACAAAAGAGGGAAACACCAGUGUGAAAUUAAGGUUUGCAGAGGCCGAUUCGAUGAAAAGACUACUUUGCGUACAAGACAGAAACAGGAAAAAGACACAAAUGACUCAUGUAACAAAGAGCGAAUCAUUAUCGGUAAAAACAACACAAUUUUCAAGUUCUGCUUCUCCAGCUUUGCCGAAUACAAGUAAUACAGCUGGGGAUAACUAUGGUAUAUACAUCGCUGUAGGAGUUUCGGUAUCUGUGAUACUUAUUGCUGUUGCCAUAGUUUUGCUGAUAUGUUUCGUAAGGAGGAGACGAAAAACGGCCAGCCAAGAAUGUUCCCGUAGCCACAACAAUACAACCUACCAAACAACUGAAACUGAUAACGACAACCUCGAGCUUGCAAUGCCAAAUGAAUCUCAAAGUAGAAAUGACUACUUUAUCCUGGAACCGGGACGAAAAGAACACGACAAUAUAAGUGUAACGUACGAUACAGCAACUGAAGAUACUGUCUACGAUACAACAGAUGUCCGUCAAGAUUCUGUAACAGCUAAGUCAGAAAAUGUAUAUAAUAAACUAGAUACGGAUAAAGAUACAACAUAUGAUAAGGCUUUUGCUGGAAGCGGACCUAAGUCUGCAUUUCCCAAUGACAAGGUCAUUGACGAUGCAGGCAUGUACGAUUCAAGUACAGUGGCAAAUAAACCAAUUUGUUUUGAUGGACAAGCCGAUAGCAUUUAUAAUAAAUCUGAUGAUAUGGAUGAUGGCGAGUAUCAUCAUUUAGGCGGUAAUGUAAAACAAUCUAAAACAGAUAACAUUUACGGCAUUCAGGGGACUAAAAGUAAAGAUCAAGCAUUAUGUGAUGACGAUUCAACGUAUAAUUGCAUAACAAAUGACAGCACAGAGACUGUAAAGACCGAUGAUACAUAUUCAAGUUUUGGUGCAAAAUAAAACAAUGAUUUAUAAUCUUCCGAUUGUAUGUAUUAAACGUUGGUUAUUGCAUACCUUACGGCAGAAACGUUGAAUAUUUAAGAACGAAUAUAGUUUUAUUUAAUUUAUUUAGUUAUUUACCACAAUCCUAUUUAACAUAUUACAGUAAUGAAAAUUCAAUAAACUUUGGGCGAUAGUAAAUGUUUUUAAAAAAUUGGUAGACAGAGAUGAUACAUACAAAAAGUAUGUUUUGAAUAUGCCUCAUGAAACAAACUAUUUGAAAGACUAUUUGUUUCGACUGAUAUAGACUCAGAUUGAUAAACUGACUGAUGGAUUGAUUAUUUAUUGACGAACAUUUGUAUUAAUAAAUUAAAUAGUUUGUUUCUGUAAAUAGUAUAAUAUUCCAAGACUAGUACCACAAAAGCAUGCAAUCUGUAUAUUAGAAAUACUCGCUCAAAUAUGAAGUGAAGAUUUUCAAUAUCAUGGAUAGGUAUUUUUUACCCAAUAAUAUAUUUUUUUCUAUAUAAAGAGUGUUCGCACAAUUCUUGCACUGUGUCUGAGCAUUUCGAAAAUAGAACUUGUAAAUAUGUUGGGGUAGAUAAAUACAUGGGUUCAACAGAUGCAAUUUCUUUGAAAUAGAUGAACAUGCAUAUUCAUGUUAUGCUUCAAUGUUAUUUUCAUAUAAAUUGUUAAAUUCUAGGGACAAUACGAAAAUAAGUGACUGAGCGAAAACAAAAUAAAUUGCAGGCUCGUUUUGAGUGAGUCAGUUUAUUGGAGGUAAUGAAGCAGUCCUCGCGCCCUCUAGCAUCGGCUCAAGCGGAACUCUAUUAUACAAUGAAUAUGUUUAAAAAGCAAUUUCACCGGAAAAUUUAGGUCAAGGUGGAUAGCUUCUUUAAAUGACGACCCGGGAAGGACUAGAACCCACAGAGAUGAGGUCCAAGUGAUUCGAAGUCUUGUACUUAACUUCUCGACGAUGAAAUCCCAUGACAAACCAAACGCUUAAUUGUAACACAUACAGAUUUACUCUCGUGAUUGUUAAUACUUUGUUUAAAUCAUGUGUAUGUUUUAUGAAACAUAUGAAUCCAUUUAAUUCAGCACACAUCAUUACUUCCAUACAAAAAGUUUAUCAACUAAAUCCUGUUCGUACACAGUACACUGUAGACAAUAAUCUAGAAGUGGUUUGGUUCAAUGGUAAAUAAAAAUGAAAAUAAUAUGCUUGAGGCCUUUAUUUUUAAGUCAAUUAAAUAUCUUCCUAUCUUUUUCUUUAAUUGAACCAUUUGCUUCUGGAGAUUUUGAAACAGAACGUAUAAAUGCAGGUACCAGAUGUCAUUUUUGAUCUCUUACUAGUACCAGUUAACGUUCGUAUAUGUACACAGGGGACUGAAAAUUAUGAAACUGGGACAGAAUAACAAAAAAAAAAACAUUAUUACAUGACUCCUUUAAUCGUCGGCCGACAGUUUGAAUUACAUUACCAGUAUAUAUUCGACGCGUGUUGACUGGGCUGAUAAGUCAAAAUGUCAUAAUUAAAAAAAGAGAUAUGUUUAAACUUUAAACUAUUAAUUCUACGACUUUUUUGUCGACCAAGAAAUCAACUGAAACAUUCAUUACUUUUUUCUAUAUUCCGUAAUGUAACUAUAAAUUAGGUAUUAAACUCAAUAAAUCAGUUUCUUAAUUACGUUUUGUUUUAUUUGAUUGCUUCUUUAUUGUUGUCCAUUAUUACGUUUUAUCUAUGUAUUUUUGUGUAUAUAUUAGCUAUGUAUACAUCCGUGCACACAUCCAUGCACUAAAUACAGAUAUAUGACCUGAGAGCUACCUUUUUAGACAUGGGUUUUCCUAAUGGAUAUUAAUCCUUUGUUUUGUGAGACCGUAAAAUGCCGUCAUUUAUGGGCAUGAUAAAGCAUACUUUUUUUUAACUUCAGAAAUACAUGCGUUAUGGUAAGGCACUUAUGUGCUCAUUAAUAAAAUGUUAACUGUUGAAAUUUGAUACUAAACAGAAACUAGUGCACGAAAAUAAAUUUUCAGGUAUUUCAAGUAAGAUUUUCACAUUUGAAUUCAUGAAAUUGUAAACGGCUGUUAAGAAUGUGAACUAUAGUAGGUGGUAGACUAAGAUAUGAGAAAUAUGUAUCAAUAUGAUGGAUAUAAAAUGAAGAAACAUAUACAGUCAUCAUUUUGUAACAUUUAAAAAUAUCGUUAAAUACCUUUUAUAUCAUUUGUAAUAUGGCAAAACAUAGAGUUAAUGACUACACUGUACUAAGACAUUGUAUGUCAAACUACUUAAUAGAUUUUAAAUUAAUAGUACCAAAACGAUAUAUUUAUAGAUACAUGGAUUACACUGAACAUCAAAACAACAAAUACUAAAUAUUAUUCAAAACUUACAGGAAAAUACUGAGUGCAUUCUAUAAUAGGUAAAGAAAGAAGACAUUUUGACAUCUCAGCAGGAAAAGCUUACAUGUGACAAAACGAAUACUAAUAUUAGAUGUGUGUCUUUCAACACUGAAUUUAUUAAACUCGUUGAAUAAAAUUGAUGCAAUGCUAGACAGAGCCUCGCAUUUUAUUAUUAUUUUCAACUCGUCCAAUAUAAAAGGACAUUUCUGUAAUAUCCUCGAUUAACAAUAGUUCCUAUAUCUGAGUGUAUUUCAUAAUGUUCCAGUAUAUCUAGUCAUAUUCCAUUACUUAGUACAAUGUAGUCAGUGUCUUUACUUUUUUAAAUAAAGUGUUUUGUAUAAUUAUUCUGUCAUGCUUUCAAAUGUUUCAGGAUGGCUACAGUAUUUUUUUUUCAUUGCAAAUCCAUCAAGUUAACAUAUAUUUCUUAUUUCUUAGUUUGCUAUCACGCUAUUGAUAACCUGUUAAAGUUCUUUUUCUAAAUAACUGUAUAUUUUCUUUUUGUUUGAUGGAUUAAGUUUAGCACCUUCUUGAUAUAUUAAAACUUUAAAACAAUAAUCAUUCUGCGUUUAUGCCAAACCGUCAACACCGUAAUACGUUUAUAUUGUGCCCAUUUACUUCGCAUGUACCUCAUUCUUUCAUGGUGGAACCGUGUCCGAGUAAGUGCCAAUCAACCUCCAUGUCAUGAACUUUCACGAUUAAAAUAUGUACUGCUAAAUAAUAUGUCCUCUUUUUUGUUCUGCAGUAGUAGAUUAGAGAAAAACUUAUUUACUCUCGAUAACAGAGAGAGAGAGAGAGAGAGAGAGAGAGAGAGGGGAGAGAGAGAGAGAGAGAGAGAGAGAGAGAGACUCAUAGCCUUUGAUCCAUUGUUAAUAUGAAAACUGCAAAUAUCUCUAUGGCUGGGAAACCUACAUUUGUAAAACCUACAUUUGUAAACAAAAUUAAGUGUUUCGUUGCACUUAGCUAUACUUGCAGCUUAAUACGGAUGUAUUUGUACCUACUACACUUGAUAUCCAAAUAAUCUUUCCGCAUCAAAAGUACUUUCUUUCCUGCGGAAAAAUUAGUAACGCUAACACUUAAUGUAGAAAGUAAAUAUAUGUACAAAAUGUUGUUAUAUUAAGACAUGAGUAAGCGAGGGGGGUUUUACGGCAAAUUGACACUAAAAAUGUCAUAUAUCGCCGAAAAGAAGUUUCUGGAAAUGAAAAUGGAAAGAUAUCUCCAAAUACAUUUAUAUAUAUUCAUUUAUAUACAUGUAGUAUUAAAUAUAUCAAUUGUAGACUUAAUACUAAUCGCAAUAGCUGUGAAUUAAAAUAUUUCAUGCUCAGAUUUAAUGUUAGAUACGUUCUGUUUUAAAAAGAAUAAGAUAUUGUCGACAUAAACUGUUUCAAACAUCUCAUUCAAAGAUUGAACGAUAAAUGUUUUUACGUUUUGUUUUAAUUCUGUAGAUUGUAGUUUCAAAUUAGAUUAUGGUGGUAUGACUUUUGAUAGUUUAUUGAGACUAAGUACAUAUACAUUGUAGUAACAGUUCAAAUUGUCAAGGAUGCGACACACAUCCUCUUGAAGUUUACAUC